AUGUCUACUUCACAUAAUCCAGAUAGUAACAGUCAUAUCAAUGCUAUGCAAGACUCAAAUUCUCCAAAUAGCACGUCAACAAACCCUCAAAUUCCUUCUCAAGUGCCUGGAUGGUCAUUCUACUACAGGCCAUUCAAUGAUUUCCAAAUUUAUCUUAUCAAUUAUAAAGAGAUAACCCUUAAUGAGCUUAUAAUCAAUACCUUAUAUCCUUCUCGUGAUCAUCACUAUUACGAUCUUUUUGUAUUUUAUUUUCAGCAUCCUAAUGAUCAAAAGAUUUACCAAGUAACUUGUAGAAUGUUUUCACACUCGAUAAUUGUUCAAUACUUAAACUUAAAUCUCUUUGGAUUAAGACAAAACGAACAGCAGCAACAACAAUCCUUGGAGUUUUCUAAUAAGCAUAAGGAAAACCUCGAGUUUCACUUGAGACAGUUUCUUACUGAUAAUUUGGGAUCUAACAUUAAUGAUAUUGGCUUUUAG